GUCUUAUGUAUAAUAUGGUCGACUACAAUGUGGCUAUGAGCCACGAAUUCCUACCGAAGCAUACACAUGAGUACCUUGUUGAUGGUAAUCCAGAAUUCCGCAAAAGAGGACGAAAUGCCAUAUCUCAGGCCGUAAGUAACUUCUUAAAUGAUGUUGAACAAACUGAUAAUACAAAUGAACGUUGUGAUGAGGCGGUACAACGCUUCGUUGAUGUUAUUGUAACGCACUUCAUGGAUAACGCUAUUUCGGAAUAUCGAAUUGGAGGGAUGAUAGGGUUAGCAUCUGCUGCUAUAGCUCUGGAUGCUCACCUCAAUCGCCACGGAGAUACAUUUAUCAAACUUGUCCUUCCAUACUUCACUGACCAAGAUUCAACGAUAUUUAAAGCUGUGCAGUCUCUGUACAAUAUAAUUAAGAAGGCCAAACAGGCAUCCAUGCGUUGCUUCAAUGAUAUCUUCGACGGGGUUUGCAAGCUCUGUUGUGACGAAGACGAAGAUGUGAGACAAUCAUCGCAAUUUAUAAACCGAUUAUUAAAGGAAAUAAUAGUCGAAGAAGGCAAUCACGCCGUCAAUCAAGUUGUUGAUCUCAUCGCCAGCCGGUUAUAUGUAACAAAUUCUCAUGUUUCAUGGAUUAAUACAAUCAAUUCUUUGCCAGAAAUAAACAUAUUGAAGCAUAUUCCAAAGGUUUAUGUCGGAUUAUUCAAUUUUCUGAUCGACAAUAACAGAGAUGUGAGAAAUGCAGCUGAGCACUGCUUAAAGGAGUUUUUGGCGCUUUUCAAAAAUGCGCUUGCAGCAAAGAGCGAAAUCAUCAGUGAUGAAAUGUUGAAUGUCAUCUUAAUCAACAUGAACCGUGAUGAGUAUGUAAUUAAAAAAACUAACAUACGUUGGGUUAAAGAAAUGGCAUCAUUGCAACCAAAUGUUAUUCAUUUUGAUGCUUUUCAACUAUUACUCAAGUCAGUCAUCAUCUCUAUUGCCAACCACCAUGGAGAUGUUAGCGAAUGUGCGCAAGAAGCGAAUAAAUACUUGUUUCGAAUGGCCAAAGAGCAGCGCAGUGUUGCUAAUGUUGAAAAAGUAGCACAUGAACUAGUAUCAAUACUGAGUAACUAUCGCAAUCAAGUGGUUGUAUUGACAGUGUUGCAAUGGAUUGCUUUGCUAUUGGAAUUAAAGCCACUGAUAAUGAACGAUAUUGCAUCGACCGUUAGUAUGACCAUAGUCUCCUGCUUCAAACACAGCGACUCGGAGAUUAUUAUGGAAACCAUCAUCAGAGCCAUUAUACUAGUGAUUGGACUUGGAGAUGAACAUUUUGAUCUAGUAUCACAGCAACUCUUGGAGCUUUUCAAAAGGGAUGAAAUACUACUGGAAGAUCGCGGAAGUAGAAUCAUUAUUAAUGUUGGUACGAAAGUAGGCUUUGAGAAGUUCUAUGGUGUUACAUCGAAGUGUCUUGAACGAGAAACUGAUACUAACUUCCUCCAACGAAUGGUGCACUCACUCAAUUGGACUCUAUUAACAGCUGAGGAAACCAGGGAAAUGAGAAUGUACCUACUUACUGAACGUGGAGAAGAUUUGGGCAUUCAACUUCAAACGUGCUGGGAACAUAAUUUGGCAGCAGCACUGUCAUUAGCUUUGUGGCGUGAAAAAUAUGACCUAGCGUCCAACAUAAUUCUAAGAAUAUCUAAAAUGCAUUUCCAUGUCGAAUUCUGGCUAUGGAUGGAUAUGGUCGUACAACUGUUAGAUUCUGAAGUGUUCAUGAAGAUGAGGUUGCACCUUUUGCAACCCCUUCAGCAUCCUCGGCUUCUAGAAGCAUUGCUAGGUUUAUCAAUGAUACUCCCACAGGGAGAAACAAAUAAACAACUUAUGCAAAGGCUCACUAUAUCCCAAGCUACACAAAUCAGAGAACAGCUAAUGUUGUUGAUCCCAAGGUAAUCAUCUUAACGACCAUUUCGCCGUUCACAGUCAAAGAAUGUGUCGAUACAUUUACUCAAAUUUUGCCAAGAUAGACCGAAGCACUCAUAAAGUUCAGAUGCGGCUAAAAACCAGGGAGGUACACCGCAAGGACCGAAUUGGUGAACAAUACUGUAUCCAUAA